AUGCUUGUCAAGUACCUCGCUCCCGCCGUCGUGGCGAUUGGCGCCGCUUCUGCCCAGACGGCUGCCGUGCCCACCGCUACCUGCACCGUCUCCGGCGGCACCACCACCGUCAACAGCCAGGCCGAUGCUACCGGUCUUGCUAACUGCAGGACUGUCAAGGGUUCCGUCGUUGUUACCAAGGAUGUUGCCGGUGACUUCGAGUUGAGCGGUCCUGAGAUCAUCACUGGCGAUCUCAGGAUCGAGAACAACCCCAACAUCAACAGCGUCGGCUCCGAUACCCUCCAGAUGAUUGGUGGCGAGUUCAGUCUUACCCAGCUGACCCAGCUGAACAGCAUCAACAUGCUCAAGCUUACCUCCGUCAGCAAGCUCACCUGGCAGUCCAUCGGCAACGCUGCCGAUAUGGGUAUGACUCAACUCAACAAGGUCGACGAGAUCACCAUUUCCGACAGCCAUCUCCGCAACAUUGAUGCCAUCAAUGUCACCAGCAUCAAGAGCAUGAACCUUGACAACAACCAGUUCAUCACCAAGUAUGAGCCCGCUAUCAAGUCGAUCAGCGGCGACCUCACCAUCCAAGCCAACGGUCUCGACAUGGAGGUCAGCUUCCCCAACCUCAUCUGGGCUAUGAACAUGGCUGUCGCGGAUGUCUCCAAGAUCAGCUUCCCCUCUCUCCAGGUCGUCAACGGCUCUGCCCGCUUCGACAACAACAAGUUCGAUAGCUUCAGCUUCCCCAACCUCACCCAGACCAAGACUGGUGAUAUCUCAUUCGUCGGUAACGAGAACAUGAAGAACCUCACCUUCCCCAAGCUCACUCAGAUUGGCGGUGGUCUUCUCAUUGCCAACAACACUGCUCUUACGGACAACGGCGACUUCCCCGUUCUCGACACCGUCGUCGGUGCCAUCAAGCUCCGUGGUAACUUCACUGAGGUCAAGUUCCCCAAGCUCCAGAGCGUCCGUGGCGCUUUCGAUCUCUCUUCUACCAACGAUGUCACCAACGACUGCAAGACUCUCGCCAAGAUGGCUCCCACGACGCAAGGAGGUAACGGUGAGAUCGAGGGUACCUUCGACUGCCAGUCCAACAACAAGGAGGCCAACCAGGAUACUUCUGGCAAGACCGGCUCUGGUGAGGGUGUCACGGGCGGCAGCGGCUCUGACAAGACCUCUGGCACCAAGAACAGCGGUGCUGCCGGUCUUUCCGUCAACGCUGGUCUCUUCCUUGCCGCUGCUGGCGUCCUUGCCCAGCUCCUCCUGUAA